AUGAUGGAAAGAAUCAAGUACAGCGAGUCUCAGCUCGAGACUUACUACAACCGCAUCAACUUUCAAGAUUCGGAUCGAAAAUUCACAAUUGGCAAUCUUUCAACUGAAGCUCAAAUCGAUUUCCUGUUCUCCCUGACGAAACGACAACUCCUCACUGUUCCCUUUGAGAAUCUCACGUUGCACUACUCAUGGCAUCGUACAGUUGAUGUCAACGCAGAUCAUCUCUUCACCAAGAUCGUCACCGAGAGACGGGGAGGGUACUGCAUGGAAAACAACAGUUUCUUCCACGCGGUUCUCGUAUCAUUGGGGUUCGAGGUGUAUAUGGUUGCUGCAAGGGUCUUUAGUCCUGAUGCGAAGAAGUACGGCGGUAUAACGCAUUGUCUCAACGUCGUCGCCAUCGGAGACAAGUCGUAUGCUGUCGAUGUUGGAUUUGGAGGCCGUACGCCAACUAUCCCUAUGGAAAUCCUAGAUGGGAAGGUUUUCCAGAGGACAGACUCGGGCCAGAUGAGGCUCCGACACGACACGAUUCCAGAGUACCUGACCAAACAAAAAGUGUGGAUUUACGAAUUUCGCUCAAAUGAAAGUGGCGAAUGGAUUCCUCAGUGGUGUUUCAUAGAUCACGAAGUCGUCCCCGAUGAUAUCCGCGUCAUGAACAUGGCGCCUUCGAAAAGCCCUUCUAGUUUCUUCACUUUCAAAGUCAUCGCCGUGCAGGUUGUUUCUGAAAAGGAAGACUUUUCGGAAAUGGAGACGAGAGAUUUGAAGAAUGUCGGCGGUAAUAUCGAUGGAAGCGUGUUCAUUGAUGGGAAUGUUAUGAAGUAUAGAAAGGCGGGUGUUGUCAAGAUGGAAAAGACUUUUGAGACCGAGGAUGAGCGGUUGGAGGCGUUGAAGAAGUAUUUUGGUAUUGAGUUGACUGAGGAAAACAAGAGGGCUAUCAGAGGAACGGCUAGUGCUAUACCGUAG